AUGGAAAUCGAUGAAGCAACUUUUGUCACCUUGAUCAACCCCAACCAGUUCCCUGCCAAGUUGUGGCGUUUGGUGAACGAUCCUCAGAUUCACUCAAUCUGGUGGGACGCCAGCGGGGAAGGAAUACUUGUCCAUCAGCAAGCCUUCGAAGCUGAAGUGCUAUUGUCCCAACCCAGGCAUUUGUCUGAGUACUUCAGAACGACAGAUUUCGUCAGUUUCAUUCGCCAGCUGAACCUGUACGGUUUCAGAAAAGAACGCAUAGACCGUGACGUCUCAGACAAGCAUCCCAACCGACUCACGCCUCUCAACAAGGCCAAGCUCGCCGGGAGAGAGGUGACCAGCAGGAAAUCAAAACAUUUCCAUCAUAUGAUGCUGAAUUCGCCACAGGAAACCUCUGGCUUAAUGAAAACAGGUUCAGUCUUGCUUGGACAUCAGGGAACCCCUUACCACCUUCCCUGUAAUGGCCCUCAGCAGGAGAAGGACUGCGACAGAACGUCCAAAUCCUCCCAAGCAUUUGUAGUGGGCCAUGGUGAUCCUUCUCCAGUUACAUUAAACACUAACGACGCUGUGCCUGUCCCUGUGUCUCACCACUUCCCAGUGGACUCGUCGAGUGCACAUCCCUCCAGCGUCAUGCACAUGCAGCAGGGCGUCAAACCUCAUCACUCACAGCACGGGUUUCACACACCAGUGUAUCAGCGCUGUAGCCCAGACGUCUUGGAUUCAAAAGUGCCAUGCUUUCAACAACCAGCUGCUUCCUACUCUCCUUGUGGCUAUUACCCUGGCCACUCAGUCAGAUACGCUCAUCCGAUUGAUCAGGAUCCAUACUGGAAAGCAGGUGAUGUUCCAGAGUCCAGGACGAGUGACAUGAAAGACAAAGAGAAAGUGGACCUGGACACUAUAUUCAAACUGGCGGAUGAAAUACAGGUUGAAGCUGCCGCAGGGACCAGUUACAUGAUAAGACAGCUUGACUAGGGAGCAC